GGCCAUUACAUCAUUACAGGUUGCGAGUUUGGUGUCGCCCGUCAUCCACCCUUCUCCCAUCUCGGGCUCAGCAUAGGCUUCAUAGCACGCCAGCCGGACCGGAAUCCAUAAAAUUCCAGUCAUUCCUGUUAGGCGUCUUCCCCUUAUUGCAUGCUGUCGACCUGACACAACAGAGCGACAUGUCUGCAUCCGAGGCCAUACAAAUACCCUCAACGAGAAGCCUCAGGCCCAGUAGCUCGACUCUAUCCGAUCUUAGGAGUCGAGACCCACUUACCGACAAUCCCGGGACUCCCUCCGCUCGAUAUGGGAGCUUGAACACUACACGGCCACGUUUAUCGUUCCCUCCGCGAAGCUUUUCAACGUCCGACUCAACGACACCUCGACGUGAGCGGCAGUGGUCCGUUUUUGAGCAGGUUAUGGAGGACGAGAGCGAACUUUGGACUGGAAGCAUCAGGUCCGGAGCCGGACGGGGAAGAAGCAAUAGCUACUUCAGUACGAGCGCACAGGCGACGCCGCUCGGAAACGUUCACGACUCUUUUCUCGGUUCGGGUCCACGGUCUCCUGUGUCUUUGAUGUCGUCACACACCCAGCAGCAAGAGGAUGAGGAGGACGAGGAUGGUUACGAUUCGGACGACACGAGCUCCACCAUCACGCGUGGUACGGUCACCAAUGCCACGGAGCCUUCUCCCCCUGUUCGAUGGUUCUCGCUCCACCGCCUGACAAACGUACCUGUUCUGUACCGAAACAUCCUGAAAUGCGCAAUCGCCUACUUUAUCGCGUCGCUUUUUACGUUUAAUCCCUACCUCUCGAGCUUCAUCAGCGAUUUGACGACGUAUGGAGAUCGCGAGCGUCGGCCAUCGCCCAGCGGCCACAUGGUUGCGACAGUUGCCGUAUACUUCAAUCCUGCGAAGACCAUGGGAGGAAUGGUUGAGGCAGACUUCUAUUGCUUUCUCGGUCUGGUGUAUUCGGCUUUCGUGUCGCUGUCCUCGAUGACCGUGUUCUGGUGGCUCGAACAAAAGCCUGGAUGGGAGUGGUUGGCUGACAUAUUUGUCAUUGUCUGGAUUGGUGUGAGCAUGAGUGUUGUGGCAUGGAUGAAAGUCUAUAUGGCGAGUCCUUCGUUCAACACGGCUUGCAGCAUGACAGCGAUUCUUCUCUUCGUCGUCCUGGUCAAAGAAGGCGGUCUUGAGACAUUGCUGCAGGUGUCGUUCAUUGUGAUCUGCGGCACUGUGACUUCCAAUAUCGUUUGUUUCAUGAUCUGGCCACAAUCAGCCACCGCCGCGCUGCAAGCCAACAUGGGCAAGACGCUCGACUCCUUCUCGACCCUGUUGGGAUUGUUGACAAAUGCAUUUCUGCUCGAGGACGGGCUGCAGCAACCAAGCCACGAGCGUUUGAUGAAGGCUGUCGCAAAUCAUCAAAGCAGCUUCACCAGUCUGAAAAAGAAUCUGAAAGAAGCGCAAAGUGAAUGGGUGAAAGGAAGUGGCGGCGGUCGCGGCCGUGCCUACGAAGAUGCUGUCAGUAGCCUGAAUCGACUUGCGCAGCACCUCAAUGGUCUACGUGGUGGUACCCGUCUGCAAUAUGAUCUGACCAAGGCCGGUAUGGUCAAAGGACAGGCGGCGACGAAUGCCGAUGGAAAAUCGAACGGGAAACAUAGAAUGGACCACGUCUCUGUUAAGGAAUUGGAGGAACGUGACGAAGAAACUGCUAUGCUUCAGGCUGCGGCGGAUAUGUUCGGAGAUCUAGUCGAAGAUGUUGGCCCGCCACUGAGGGCGCUUUCUGAAACAUGUACCACUACGCUUUUGCGGAUCCGGCAUUCCUUCCAGAGGCGACACAAGCGAAAUGCAUUCCGUCGGGAAGAGUUUUAUCAGCUUGUCGAAGGGAUCCAGAAUGCCCUGGUCAACUUUGAGACGACUUCGAACCAUGCAGUCUUACGGCUGUAUAGACGGAGCACAGCGCCAGACCUCCCCGUGGAUGUUCGAGAUAGCAACUACACUGAAGACACGCAGGUACUGAGCAGUUCGGACAACGAGCAUGUGUUUCUGGUCUAUUUCUUCAUGUUUACGCUCCAAGAGUUCGCCGGGGAGCUGGUGUCGUUGGUCGAUGCUAUGGAGAGGAUCUACGACCGGGAGACGCGUCCCUCUCGGUGGAAGCGUAUUCUUUCAUGGUUCUGGAGUCUAAAGAAGAAGGACAGUCCGCGCAGUCGGAAACCCAAGAAGGGGCAAUCACAGCUACGACGACGAUUCUCUCAGUAUAUGGUCCCCGCUCUCCGGCAAGCGCAUCCUUCCUUCCCCAAAGUCAGGCCCCAUGCACCAAACACGAUUCAAACACCUUGGGAUCGGUUGACAUGGAUCGGGAAGAUCAAGCAACGAAUGUGGCUCGUCGGCACGCGACUUGCGCAGAGCGACACCAAGUAUGGUGUGAAGGCUGGGAUGGCAACUGCGUUGUUGUCAGCUCCUGCAUUCUUUGAUUCGACCCGCCAUAUCUUCGUUUCUCUGUGGGGGGACUGGGCGCUUAUCUCGUUCUUCAUCGUCAUUUCUCCGACCAUCGGAGCAACCAACUUUCUCAGUCUGCAUCGUGUCCUAGGCACUGUAUUCGGUGCUGGAGUGGCUGCGUUGGUGUACACUUUGUUCCCAGACAAUGUUGCGGUGCUCGCGACCUUCGGAUUCUUCUUCUCGAUUCCUUGCUUCUACUACAUUGUAGCCAAGCCUCAAUACGUCUCGGCAUCCCGUUUUGUGCUGCUGACCUACAAUCUGACGUGUCUGUAUUGCUACAACUUACGGGACAAGGAGCUCUCACCCACGGACAUUGCGAUCCGCCGUGCUAUUGCUGUUACUGGAGGGGUCGUUUGGGCAGCCCUGGUCUCCCGCUUUUGGUGGCCUGCCGAAGCGAGACGAGAACUGACGAAAGGGUUGAGCGAAUUCUGCUUGAAUAUUGGAUGGCUCUACACCAGACUGGUCGCGGCCAAUUCUUUCAGUCCCCUGCCCGGUGAUGAUGCGGAGGAGCAUGCCAACGAGGAUUCAGCUCUUUCCCCUGCUCAUGCACGACUGAGCAACUCGAUCAAGGAGUUCAUGGCCAUGGAACUUCAUCUGCAGAUCAAGCUCAUCGAACUACAAGGGCUGCUUGCUCAGACACAGCAUGAGCCGCGAUUGAAGGGGCCAUUCCCUAUCCAGCUCUACCGUGGCAUCCUUACCAGCCUGCAAAACAUCCUGGACAAGCUGCACAGUAUGAGAUGUGUGACCACACGCGAGGAAUGGUACACUUCUGUGCGGCAGGAAUUCAUUGUGCCUGUUGCCAAAGAGCGGCGAGAAAUGGUGGGCAACAUCAUCCUCGGCUUCUCGACCCUUUCCUCUGCCUUCCGAUUGAAAUCGCCUCUCCCUCCAUACCUUCCUCCGGCGGAGGCUGCCAGACAGCGGCUGGUGGCAGCGAUUCGCAAGCUGGACGUCGUCCGAAAUCGAGAUGCGAAAGGAUCGCGGCAGCUGCUGUUCUUCGCUUAUGCGCUGACCAUGCAGGGUGUUACUGUGGAGCUGGAGAAGCUCGGUCGGACGCUUCAGAACGCGUUCGGUGUCAUUGGACAGACGCCGGAGGAGUUCGAGGCCUUGUUCGUUGAUCCCGCUGUUGAGCAGAGAGUUUCUCAUUCCGUCUGAUUUCGCAUUUGGACUGUUUUCAAAAGUACGCAUUCUGCAUCCCUGGAUACCCCCCACACAAUCGCCACCUGAAUACACACCUACAUACGCAUAUCGCAUAGUUUCUCGGUUUAGCAGACUUUCCUGUUGUUUAGAUGUAUUGACAUCAUCCCAUCUUGUGCGAAACCAUCACCCUUCUUUUGUGCCGGUCUAUGGCGAAGAGCCUCAGCGAGCAAGAACGAGAUGUGAGAGAUCUACUCCGUCGAGCAAGAAGCUCGGACAGUUCAGUCUUAAUGCGCAAGCGGACCUUGGACAAACUAAUCGACCUGACGCACUCGGAGCACGAGACGCUGCAGAUUCUCGCCGCGGGGGGAAUCCCACUACUUUUCAGCAGUAGCGACUUGGCGAAUGACGAGGAGGAGGCGGUCAUCAAUGCCGUGUACGAUUUGUGCGAGGACGCGUCUUCUGAUGUGCGCAUGGAGGGAUACCGCGCUAUCACGGAGAUUUCGCGGGCGGCGGACAAGUGGAUCAAGCGGAAUACGGACGUGUUGCUGCAGCUGUUGCAGAAUGAUGAUGCGGCGGAAGCGGCUGUAGUGAAGGAGGCCUUGCUCGGACAUCUAGACUUGAAUCCAUCCGUGACGCUGUCAGUAAUGCGCGAUCAGAUGCUCUAUGAAGACGAGGACGCUAUGGACCGUGAGGAAAAAGAGACGAGGGGUCGGCUGCGCAUUUUGGUUUUGGACUUUCUAGGGAAGGAAGCCCGGACAAACUUGGCAGAGCGGGAUGCUGUUGAGGGCAGCGAGGCGGAGGGUGUUCUUGCCGAGGGUUUGUUUCAGGUCAUCCCGAAGCUUCGACCUGAAGAGACACGAAAUGUUGUCGAGCAGCUACUGAUACAUUUGCCCACCUUCCGGUCCGGGUCCAGGGGCAACAGUUUACUGCAGCUUCUCAUCGAACAAGCACGUGGGCACUUGAAGCAGAGGGCAAUAACGCCCAACACUCGAGCUUACCUCGAUCUUCUCACCUUUGUCGCAGUGAAGCACUCUCUUGGGUCUCCGAGCGAUCUUCUUCGGUUCUAUGUGCCGUCUCUGAUCUCAAAGAUGUCGCUCCAGAACUUUACUCCAGCCGAUCAGGUCUACCUCAUUUGCAAUACCGCGGAGAUUCUGGCGGUGUGCGAUCGCGAUCCGUUGCAGACACAUUGCGCGAACGCGUCUACGUUCUUGUUCGAGCGACUGGCCAAAAGUGGUGUGGCCGACGAACGGUCUGACAAUGCAUGCAGAGUUCUUUUGGAGAACUGCGUGAAGCGAAAAGCCGAAGGAUGGUCGGUGCCUCCACCGUUGCGAGUGUCUGUGCAAGCUCUGCAGGCCAAGACAGGCCGAUACGAAAAUCUGACCAGGUCACUCAUUGGCGACGAGAAGAUACAGGCGCGACCGCCAGCUUUGCCCGUCCCGCCGGUUGCUCUCCCUGCCCGCUCGGUGCCGGGGUCGACUACAGUCAAGCAUGCGAUAGUUGGACGAUCGACUUCGCCACGACCGUCGAAACGAGCCAAGAUAGUACCCGAAUCAGAUGAAACGACACCAACCCUCUUGAGUCGGAUGGCCAACGCAGGUUUAAGGAACGAGAGCCGGCAGACGGCGAGACGGGUGGACAAACAGCAGGAAGAGACCGGCUUCUCCAUCAAAGGUGCAGCCACGAAAGAGGCAACGGUCCAGAGCGGACGUGCCGUGGGGUUUACUCGACCGCAAGGACCAGGUGGGUCCUUGCUCAAUCGAAUGGGGACCGAUGGUAAGCGUAGUGAGAGGCCUGGAAGACGUCCUAUGUUGUAAGUAUCACCCGACUGUACUGCUUCGUAGUGCUAUUGUACUCGUUUGGAGAGUGGUGGCAAAUAUUGCUGCCCGCCAGGAUCGAUCAAUCAUUCGCCUACUACGCGUUGUCACACACAUCGGUCACGCGUCUCGGGAGCGCGCUCCUUGUUCUUGGCUCCGAUGGCGACCUUUUUCCGGGCGUACAACUCGCUACUGCUCCAUCGACCACUGGUCACACAGUGUGUGACGGCAGCUGUGCUCUUCGGUGCAGGGGACGUUAUCGCGCAGCAGGCGGUGGAGAAGAAGGGGAAACAGCAUGAUCUCAUGAGGACAGCGCGGCUGACGUUUUACGGCGGCGUGGUGUUCGGACCCGCGAUGACCAAAUGGUAUCAGCUGCUGAACCGCUUGCGGUUCACGACGCCGACCAAGUCGCUCGUUUACCGUGUGUACCUCGAUCAAUGCAUUCUCACGCCAGUCGCGGUCGUCACUUUCUUCUCGUCCAUGGCGAUCCUGGAGGGCCAGCCGGGCGAGAUUGUUCCUCGAUUGAAGGCGGGAUAUGUCUUGACACUGUUCCGUAACUGGCUUGUAUUCGUGCCAACGCAAAUCAUCAACUUCUGGCUCGUUCCCGCGCAUCUGAGGUUCUUGUUUGUGGGCGUAGUGAGCUUGUUCUGGAACACCUAUUUGAGUAUAGCGAACGCUCAAGCCAAGGAACAAGCGGAGGCUGCGGAGGAAAUGAACGAGAAGAAGAAGGCGCUUGCAUGAAUGGCACCUUUUGCCGAUAGACUUGACGGAUGAUAGAUCGGAAGCAUCGAGCUGAAAGGUCCACCAGGGUCCUUUUGACAUGUCAACAUUCAAACAAACGAAUGCAGUCUACGUGAGCGGAGCGCAUGCAAGUGUUGAUGCUUUCAG